GCAUUAAUGUUGCCCAUGGUACAGUAUUUUUAGUAUAUUCGGAACACUUUGUAAUUUGAAUGCUUUUAAUUUAACAAAUUACAUCCAGUUUCUAAACCACAUAUUACAUUAGAUUCCUCACAUUAUUAAGAACCAUCCACCAAACUUCUGUGGCUAGACACCCAAAUUCAUCUCAGGUGAGAAGUACAAUUUUAAAACUAAUUCCCUCCAUCAUUCAGCUCAAGCAUAGUAGAAUGGUAGUACUUUAGGACAAACAGAGCUGAGUUCAAAUCUCAGCUCUGGGAACAUACUAGCUCUGCCACCUUGGGCAAGUUAUUUGCUAAAGUAAUUUGUCUUCCAUCCUUCAUCUGUAAAAUGGGCAUUCACUAUUGUAAAAGGUAUGCUAGUAGCACGGCAGUAUGCCUACCACUGUGUGAUACCCAGUAUUAGUGCCGCACCCUUCUUCUCCUUCCCCACCAGAGAUACGGAAGGGGAGGAGAUAGUUCAUCCAACAGAACCCCAAGAGGAAAUCAGCUGCUCCUCAUGGUAAGAGCUGAGGCAUAAAACUGGCUGAGGGCCCUGAAGCCAGCAAAGCAGAAUCAUGAAGUUCAUCCUGCUCAUGGGUUUGAUCGCUACCACCCUUGCGAUUGCUCCUGUCCGCUUUGACAGGGAAAAGGUGUUUCGCGUGAAGCCCCAGGAUGAAACACAAGCAAACAUCAUAAAGGACUUGGCCAAAACCAGGGAGCUUGACUUCUGGUAUCCAGACGCCACCCACCACAUAACUGCUAAUAUGAUGGUGGAUUUCCGAGUAAGUGAACAGGACUCCCAAUUCAUCCAGUCUGCCUUGGACCAAAAUCAAAUGCAGUAUAAAAUCCUGAUUCAUGAUCUGCAAAAAGAGAUUGAGAAACAGUUUGAUGUUAAAGAAGAUAUCCCAGGCAGGCACAGCUAUGCAAAAUACAAUAACUGGGACAAGAUCGUCGCAUGGACUGAAAAAAUGAUGAAUAAGCACCCUAAAAUGGUAUCUCGCAUUAAAAUUGGAACGACUGUUGAAGAAAAUCCACUCUAUGUUCUCAAGGUUGGGAAACAGGAUGAAAGAAAUAAGUCUAUUUUUAUGGACUGCGGCAUCCAUGCACGAGAAUGGGUCUCCUCAUCAUUCUGCCAGUGGUUUGUCUAUCAGGCAACCAAAAGUUAUGGAAAAAACAAAAUUAUGACCAAACUCCUGGACCAAAUGAAUUUUUAUGUUCUUCCUGUUUUCAACGUUGAUGGGUAUAUCUGGUCAUGGACACAGAACCGCAUGUGGAGAAAAAAUCGUUCCAAGAACCGGAACUCCAGGUGCAUCGGCACAGACCUCAACAGGAAUUUUAACGCCUCCUGGAACUCAUUUCCUAACACCAGUAACCCAUGUGGUGACACCUACCGAGGCAUUGCGCCAGAGUCUGAGAGAGAGACGAAAGCUGUUACCCACUUCAUUCGAAGCCACCUGAAAUCAAUCAAGGCCUACAUCACCUUCCAUUCCUACUCCCAGAUGCUGCUGUUUCCCUAUGGAUACACUUCAGAGCUGACACCUAAUCACAAGGACCUGGCCAAAGUUGCAAAGAUUGGCAUUGAUGCUCUAGCAACCCGAUAUGAGACCCGCUAUGUCUAUGGCCCAACAGCAUCAAUACUGUACCCAACAACAGGCUCUUCUUUAGACUGGGCUUACGAUCUGGGCAUCAAACACACAUUUGCCUUUGAGCUCCGAGAUAAAGGCAAAUUUGGUUUUCUCCUUCCAGAGUCUCAGAUAAAGUCAACCUGUAAAGAGACCAUGCUAGCCGUCGAAUUUAUUGCCAAGUAUAUCCUCAAGCAUGCUUCAUAAAGGAUUAUUAUCAGUUUGGGAUAAGUCCAUUAAUCCAUUUCUGUGCUUUCAUGGAAACACAACUGUCAACUAUCCCCGGAUGCAGUCUCCACACCACAUGAAUAGGUCCUUCUCUUGCUCGUCUGAGUAUUAUGUCAUUUCUGUUUGCUUUUAUUUGCAUUUACUAGCACCUUAACAAACUAGCUUUAAAUGAAUGCUUUUACCCACGUUUUCUUGCUCCAAGGAAAGUUUGAACUUAGCCGAUAGUACUACUUUGAGUACUUUUGAAAGGUACUAUGCAGUGGCGACCAGGAAAGAAAUGAAAACCUUCGAUUUCUCCAGAAUCAGAUUAUGGCCCGUUGGCUUCAUCAUUUUGUGUGCUGAUAUAAUAAAUAUAAAAUGCAUUUCAAAGUUUUAAAAAUGUAACUUCUGUUUUUGAAAAACCGUAUUCUCUGCAUUUCUCUGUUAGUAAUAAUCACGUGUUUAGUGCCUUUCACUGAGUCUGUUAAUAAGAAAGAGCAUCUUCAAUUUUUAAAAUGUAAUUUGCCAAUAUUUAUCUCUAUGUUGAUAGAAGUAGAUAUUGUUUAUAUCUUCACAAUAGCAAAAGGAUGUUAUAGCAGGAAAUAAACUGGCUCAUAUAAAGGAAAUUUCAGUGCUUUAAACAACCAAUCCAGUUCUCACCAACGUAAUACAUUAAAUUCAAAAUAGUUGAAUGUAACCUGCCAUAAUCGGAGGAAACCACCUGUCAAAACAUCUCUUGGCAAUUACAGACAUAGUUAAGACAAUCUUGUCAGCUCUGACCCCUACUUUCUCAACAGACAAGAAGCCUGGAAAUGUAUACAUAAGUUAGAGAAAAUCGUGUUGGCCAAGAGCAUUCAGAGCAACUUGUUACUUUUACACUGUCUACAAUCCCAUUUUUUAAGACAAUUUUAUAAAAUACCACCCCC